AUGCACUUUCAAUAGCUGGUCACACUGCUCCAGCACUGUUUAUUGUUCGUGGCAGAAAUAAAAUUGGAAUUUCUUUCACUUUUGGCUGGAAUUAAUCAAAUUCGAUACGACGGCCAUGCAUGAUCCAGCCACGAAGCCGGUUCACCUGCCCGCCGGCGCCACCAGCACCGCGGAGAAGUUGUGCUUCGACAAGAAUGAGUUUAUGAAGGCAAACUUCUCGGUGGACGAGUUUCUGCACAAAAAUCGGAAUGCCCCCAGUCUGGAGCAAUUGCGAGACAAUUUGGGGCUGUACUUAAAGGGUCUUCGGGCAGCUAUGAUUGAUCUUAUCAACGAGGAUUACGCGGACUUCGUUAAUUUGAGCGCCAACUUGGUGGGCCUAGACCAGUCCAUCGAGACCAUCCAGCGGCCACUGGAGCAGUUUCGCAGCGACAUCAAGAGCAUCCACGACCUGAUUGACGAGAAUGUUGCGGAGCUAAAAGCCCAGUUGGAGGAGAAGCGUCGAUUGCGGGAGUUUAAGCGAAGCCUGCAAAGCCUGAAGAAGGUCUACGAGACAAUCACUAAGAUGCAGGACCUUAUCAAUCGAACACUUAGCGAAGAUCAGCCUGUUCAAGCAGUUGAUCUAGAACGCGCUGCGCUAGACCUGAUUCAGCUGAAAUUUCAUGAGAAGCACUGCUCCAAGCACCUAAGUUCCGAGCAGCGGGCGAAGAUCCGGCAACUUGAGGAGCAGCUGCAUCAGCAUCUGCGCCGUUUCUUCAGCGAUGCCUUGGGUCAGGCUCGCAACUCGACCCCGGAGCACCUGGAGCGUUGUCUGCGCAUUUAUAUCACUUUGAACGCAUGUGGACAGGCGGAAAGCGCUUUUCGGGAGGAUGUUGUUGCGCCCUACAUGAGCGGCGUCAUUGGGGAGCAACAUCUGCAGAACUCGCCCCAGGGCCUCGCAGGCAUUUACAGCAAGAUUCUCAACUUUAUUUCGUUGCACAUGACCGACUUGCUCCGCCUGACGCUCUACUCCGAUAAAUUUCCAGGAUUUAACUUUGUAGUGAACAGCUAUUGGGCCGAUGUAGAGACACGCCUCGAGCUGCACAUGAACUCUAUCUUCGCGCCCGGCAACUCCGAGGUGUUCUAUGUCAAGUACAAGUGCACCCGCGACUUUCUCGGCAAAAUAGAGGAGGUUUUAGCCAGCAGUGGAGAGCAGUCUGUUGCCCUGUACCGCCAGCACAAGCAGACAAAGAGCUUUGAGGCCCGCUGGAAUCUACCGGUUUAUUUCCAAAUAUGCUUUCAGGAAAUUGCUGGUCAAUUCGAGGCCAAGCUGGAGCCAGUGCUGCAGAGUGAUACAUUGAAGACGACGAAUAACGAUGAAGAGGCUUACAAACUUACAACAUUCAAUGCCGCCAAGGAAGCCAUGCAAAAGUGUUGGGCCGAGGGUGUUUAUCUGCCCGAGGUAUUUCCCAAAUUCUACAAGCUGAACGUCCAGAUUGUUCUUCGUUUGUCCCGCUGGAUCACCGAUGCCAUAGCCGUGUCCAAAGGCAGCAGCUUCGCAAAGUCCUUCACUAGGCAUCAGUUACUAAUUGCCCUGCACUCGGACAUACGCAAACUAGACGCAUAUUUGCCUGAGCUCCAGCAGUUAGUUAUCCAAUCCGUGCCCGCUGAUCAGCGCUCGAAAAUGUUCAACGAUGUCCUAGGCAAAUCCAUGGCCGCCUUGGGUGACGCUCUGGGAGCGCAUUUGUCAAGCAUUCAAAAAACCUUGGUAGAGUUGCUGAUCGGCGAGUGCGAGACGGAGAAUGUGCGCCAGGUAAACGACUUGCCACGCCUGUAUCGCAAGACAAAUCGAGAAGUUCCCUCCCGGUGCUCGGGCUAUGUGGAACAAAUGCUUCGUCCGCUUAAGGCGUUCACGCAGCAACACGAGUCCCAGCUCGGCACUCUGGUGGUAGAGCAGAUCCUUUCCGAGGUUGCCAGUCACAUAACAAAGGCGUACUUCAAUGUGGUGAGUGACGUUCUCACCUCCGUUCAGAAAACCGAGGAAUCAUUGCGCCGGCUACGGAACGUGAAAAGUGGCGGAUCAGCAGCACCGCCGUCGCAGGGAAGCUCAGCUGUGAUGUCUGACGACGAUAAGAUUCGCGUCCAGUUGCGUGUGGACGUUACUUCCUGGAGGCAGGAGCUUGCCAAGCUCAACUUCCAGGCGUCGCAAAUUGAAAAACUGUCCGAGCUAACCGAUAUGGUGGAAGACAGUAUUAAGCUUAAGGACACCAGAUCUUCCUAGACGCUAUCAACGAAAGAACAGUUAUUAAACAUAUACACUUCAGUUUAUUCUUGUUAAAUAUCGACUUCUUACGAUUCUUUAGGCACAAUUAGUGAUUGAAUUAGGACUACGAAUUGUAUAUAAUAUAUAAUAUAUAGGGAUAUACGUAUAUCA